AUGACUCUGCGAGAGAUCGAUAUCAUAACUAUCUUACAAAUUCGAUUCUUUCUGUUGCAAAUGCAGCAUGGUGAUAACAACAAUGGUCACGCUAAAGUGUCUCUAUUGUGUAUCGGUGUUCAAGCCCUCAUGGAUGCUUACGACUCACUUAUACACCUUUUCUUGGGUCUAUCGGCUCAGUUCAUGUUCAACACCUUCUCAGUCGUCGCUUUGUUCAAGUUCAUUCUCUUUAGCAUGUUAGAGGUGCGGUAUCUACUGCUUGUUUGGCGGAGUCGUCGGCAGAAUCAGUUCAACGAGGGAGGUAUGGAUUCAAUACGACGAGAGCUCGGCUGGCUUUACUCACGCUUUUAUGGCACCCUGUUGGUCGGUAUGGUAAUUCUGUAUAAUUUCUACCAGUAUUUGAACGUUCUUAUCAUCAUCAUGCAGUGCUAUUGGGUACCUCAAAUAGUAUACGACAUCGUCCGAGGUCACAAGAGGCCUCUGUCGUGGCGUUUCAUAGUGGGUAUAUCGAUAACAAGGAUGAUUGUCCCCUUGUAUGCACUGGCAUGUCCAUAUACCAUCUUUAAUGGCGAGGUGUACCCAGCAUUGGCAUCAGCACCAAACUCGACCGAAGCCACACUGAUAGUGUGUUUGCAAGUAGCACAAAUAGCCAUUAUGUGGGCCCAGGCCAGGUUUGGCCCCAGGUCUUUCGUUCCGUGGAUUUGCCUACCACACGUCUAUAACUACUAUAGAGCAGUGCCUUCAGUGCAGGAUGAAGAGCUUGGGGCUCCGGAAUGCGUUAUCUGCAUGAACGAUAUCGAUUUAUCGGAGGUCCACGAUCCGGAGUCGCGGCCUGUGAUUACUCCUUGUGAUCACAUAUUCCAUGCUGGUUGUCUUGAACAAUGGAUGGACGUAAAGAUGGAGUGUCCGACUUGUCGUGGGGAAUUGCCUGCAAUGACGUGAUGAUGACGACGAAGGGGAGUUCGUGUGUACCAACUUUGUUUUUGUAUUUCUUCGAAGGACCAACUCUAUUUUCGUUCAAGUCGAAUCCUUGUGCUGUUGAGCAUCCUCUCUACUCAUCGUAGACUCCCCCGUGUCACUACCCCUAUAUCAUCUCCGUUGGUGAGAUGUGGUUUCGACGGAAGAAAACUCUGAGGAACUCCGUGGAGUCUCCUAUUGUACAGUACCAUUACGACCAACGACGGGACUUCAUGUACUAUCGAAUUCCUCCAAAUAUC